GGCAGCGGCAGGCGGCUGAGUCCUGGCCGCGGGCCGGGGCCGGGGCGCCGCUGGCAGGAGCGCUUGGGGAUCCUCCAAGUGGCCAAGAAGGAGAAUUGGGCUCCUGGUCCUGCUGGUCCCUGUGUCGUGGGGAGACCAACCAUCCUGCUUUGCCUGGAAUUAAGAGGUCUCUGUGCUGAACCCGGGAAGGUCUCAGGCAAACUGGGAUGUUCUGACAAGCUUCACGGUGGCGCUGAUGCUGUGGGACCUGGGACCCCACUUGGGGGAGCCCCUGUCCAGGACAUCUGUCUGACCCUUGCCCCCUGCACUGUCAGCUCUUGGACGCUUCCUGGACGUGUCAAGAUCCAGAUAUGCCCAGAGCAUAUCUGUGGCUCUCUCCAGCUUUUUUUUUGGGGAGCCACACAAGCCGCGACCAUGGCCUUGCUGGGAAAGCGCUGCGACGUCCCCGCCAACGGCUGCGGGCCUGACCGCUGGAACUCCGCCUUUGCCCGCAAGGACGAGAUCAUCACCAGCCUCGUGUCUGCCUUAGAUUCCAUGUGCUCGGCACUCUCCAAGCUCAACGCGGAGGUGGCGUGUGUCGCCGUGCACGAUGAGAGCGCCUUCGUGGUCGGCACAGAGAAGGGGAGAAUGUUCCUGAACGCACGCAAGGAGCUGCAGUCAGACUUCCUCAGGUUCUGCCGAGGGGCCCCAUGGAAGGAGCCGGAGGCAGAGCACCCGAAGAAGGUGCCGCGGGCUGAGGGUGGUGGCCGGAACAUCCCACGGUCUGCCCUGGAGCACGGCUCGGACGUGUACCUUCUGCGGAAGAUGGUAGAGGAGGUGUUUGAUGUUCUUUAUAGCGAGGCCCUGGGACGGGCCAGCGUGGUGCCGCUGCCCUACGAGAGGCUGCUCAGGGAGCCGGGGCUGCUGGCCGUGCAGGGGCUGCCCGAGGGCCUGGCCUUCCGGAGGCCGGCCGAGUAUGACCCCAAGGCCCUCAUGGCCAUCCUGGAGCACAGCCACCGCAUCCGCUUCAAGCUCAAGAGGCCGCUCGAGGACGGCGGGCGGGACUCGAAGGCCCUCGUGGAGCUGAACGGCGUCUCCCUGAUAGCCAAGGGGUCUCGGGACUGUGGCCUGCACGGCCAGGCCCCCAAGGGGCCACCCCAGGACCUGCCCCCCACCGCCCCCUCCUCGUCCAUGGCUGGCUUCCUGUACAGCACCGCGCUCCCCAACCACACCGUGAGGGAGCUCAAGCAGGAGACGCCCGCCUGCCCGCUUGCCCCCAGCGACCUGGGCCUCGGCCGGCCCGGGCCUGAGCCCAAGGCCCCUGGUGCCCAAGACUUCCCGGACUGCUGUGGACAGAAGCCCCCCGGGCCUGGCGGUCCUCUCAUCCAGAACGUCCACGCCUCUAAGCGCAUCCUCUUCUCCAUCGUCCACGAUAAGUCAGAGAAGUGGGACGCCUUCAUAAAAGAAACCGAGGACAUCAACACGCUCCGGGAGUGCGUGCAGAUCCUGUUUAACAGCAGAUAUGCGGAAGCCCUGGGCCUGGACCACAUGGUCCCCGUCCCCUACAGGAAGAUCGCCUGCGACCCGGAGGCCGUGGAGAUCGUGGGCAUCCCGGACAAGAUCCCCUUCAAGCGCCCCUGCACCUACGGGGUCCCCAAGCUGAAGCGGAUCCUGGAGGAGCGGCACAGCAUCCACUUCGUCAUUAAGAGGAUGUUUGAUGAGCGAAUUUUCACAGGGAACAAGUUUACCAAAGACCCCACGAAGCUGGAGCCAGCCAGCCCGCCAGAGGACACCUCUGCAGAGGCCUCCCGUCCUGCCGUCCCAGACCCGGCGGGGACCGCUCGGUCAGACAAAAGCGGUCUCUCGGAGGACUGCGGGCCAGGAACCUCCGGGGAGCUGAGUGGGCUGAGACCCAUCAAAAUUGAGCCAGAGGACCUGGAUAUCAUUCAGGUCACUGUGCCAGACCCUUCCCCAACCUCCGAGGAAAUGACAGACUCCAUGCCUGGACAUCUGCCCUCAGAAGAUUCUGGAUACGGGAUGGAGAUGCUGACUGAUAAAGGCCCCAGCGAGGACCCGCGGCCUGAGGAGAGGCCUGUGGAGGACAGUCACGGUGACGUCAUCCGGCCUCUGCGGAAGCAGGUGGAGCUGCUUUUCAACACACGCUACGCCAAGGCCAUUGGCAUCUCGGAGCCUGUCAAGGUGCCCUACUCCAAGUUCCUGAUGUACCCAGAGGAGCUGUUUGUGGUGGGGCUGCCUGAAGGCAUCUCCCUCCGCAGGCCCAACUGCUUCGGGAUCGCCAAGCUCCGCAAGAUCCUGGAGGCCAGCAACAGCAUCCAGUUUGUCAUCAAGAGGCCUGAGCUGCUCACAGAAGGAGUCAAAGAGCCCCUCACAGACACCCAAGAGAGGGAUUCCGGGGACCCUCUUGUGGACGAGAGCCUGAAGAGGCAGGGCUUUCAAGAAAAUUACGACGCCAGACUCUCCCGGAUCGACAUCGCCAACACGCUGCGGGAGCAAGUCCAGGAUCUGUUCAAUAAGAAAUACGGGGAAGCCUUGGGCAUCAAGUACCCGGUCCAGGUCCCCUACAAGCGGAUCAAGAGUAACCCGGGCUCGGUGAUCAUUGAGGGGCUGCCCCCCGGAAUCCCGUUCCGGAAGCCCUGCACCUUUGGCUCCCAGAACCUGGAGAGGAUCCUCGCAGUGGCUGACAAGAUCAAGUUCACCGUCACCAGGCCUUUUCAAGGACUCAUCCCAAAGCCUGAUGAAGAUGAUGCCAACAGACUCGGGGAGAAGGUGAUCCUCCGGGAGCAGGUGAAGGAGCUUUUCAACGAGAAAUACGGUGAGGCCCUGGGCCUGAACCGGCCUGUGCUGGUCCCUUACAAACUGAUCCGAGACAGCCCCGACGCCGUCGAGGUCACGGGCCUGCCUGAUGACAUCCCUUUCCGGAACCCCAACACGUAUGACAUACACCGGCUGGAGAAGAUCCUGAGGGCCCGCGAGCAUGUCCGCAUGGUCAUCAUCAACCAGCUCCAACCUUUUGCAGAAAUCUGCAAUGACGCCAAGGUGACAGCCAAAGACAGCAGCGUUCCCAAGCGCAAGAGAAAGCGGGUCUCUGAAGGGAACUCCGUCUCCUCUUCCUCCUCGUCUUCCUCUUCCUCCUCCUCGAACCCGGAGUCGGUGGCGUCCACCAAUCAGAUCUCACUCGUGGUAAAGCUGUCCCGCCCUGGACCUGACCGCUCUCUCUGGCCCUCACCCGGCACUGGGGCAGGGUUGUCCAUGCGGGGGCGUGGGUCUGGGGUUCGGGGAGACGCUGGCCCUGCGUGGGGUGGGCAGACACGUCUGCCUGCCCCACCCAUGAGCUAGUCCCUCCCCUCCCAUCAGAUGCUCGCAGUGCCCCCCGGGCAAGGGCUGGGGGAGGAAAAGACCUGACCUCCCUGCUCCGAAGAUGCCGAGCAGACCACCAGGUUCCCGGGGCAGACAGAUGCUAAGCUAAUCUCUGCUCACAUCACAUGCCUGGGCCACAGCCCUGUGCGGUGUGGGUGUUACCCACAGUAUGUAGACAAGGAAAAUGAGGGUCCGAGGCCAACUGACUCUGCAGUCUCACAGCUGGUGCGUGGAGACCCCACCUCCGAAGCCCCACUGGUUCUGCCACGUGGCUGGUUUUUUCCGUCCCGCUCAAGAGCAAAACCUCAUUAGCAGCACAUGCCUAAUGGUUUUUUUCUGAUUUCAAAAUAGUAGCUUUCAAAUCCAAGUCCAGGAGUUCCCUGGUGGUGUAGCAGGUUGAGGAUCCAACACUGUCACUGCUGUGGCUUCAGUCACUGUUGUGGUGCGGGUUCAAGCCCCAGCCCAGCAACUUCCGCUAGCCACAGGUGCAGCCAAAAAGAAAAAAAAAA